AGGGAAGGGAGGGAAGGGGGGAGGGAAGAAGGGGAAAAGGUGAGGUGGUAAGAAGGUUGAGAUACCCGAUAUGGAUUGUACGACGCGAACGGUACCGUUUUUGAGUGUUCGAGAUGCUCUCGCGUAUAUGUUUUGUGGAUCACAGAAGAUUCGUGGGGGUGAAGAUGAGGGACUGAUGAAGACACACAAGAGACUCAUCGGGUGCUAGCGCACGACUCGGGAAAUACGAGCUUCCUCGCUUCACGCGUAGGAUACAGUGAAUGUUGCGGACGAUCUGUUACUGAGCCUGUUCACCGAGACUGACAAGGCGCUUUCACAACAGGACAAGGGAGGCAACGAGAAAAGCUUUGGCUUUUGGUCCUUGCUCUAUAACCACCUUGCACCCUUUCUACUACGAAAUCAAUCCACUACGAUCAAUUCUCUGCGUUAAGCAGACUAAACCAUCGAGGUCUCAACUCAAGCUAACUCAAUUUCACCACUAUGGGGACAUCUCUAUCCUCUCCCAGACCACCCUGCUCAUCUACUCAAAAUAAGCCAUUCCGAUUUCUUGACCUUCCAGCGGACCUACGAUAUAUGGUCUACGAGGAAAUCGAAAUCUCGACAUGUCACUAUCGGCUCGAGGACCCGACGUUUUAUUCCGACUCUAGCGAGGAAGCAACGCCAUCGUCAUACAUGACACUUGUUGUCAAGAGCCUGCUAUUAGCCCUGUUAGCAACUUGUCGUCUUAUCCAUCAUGAAGCAGCACCUUACCUCGCGCACAAGCUAGAGACGCUUCGUAAUGAACCCUCCCAUUUCACCAUCGACUCGACGAGCCUUUACAGCCUCGUUAACAGUUACAACAGCAUUGGCACGAUGCUCGAGAAGCACGAGUAUGACAACAGUACACGCAAAUGGUAUGGCGCUGGUGCUGGCAAAGAUCCUAAAACCUGGAUCCCGCGUUGGAUCGACAUAAGAGGUCGUUUCCCGCGAAGAACCCAUGUCUUCAUGCAUGGCUCCAGGAAGCAUACUGCCAUCGUCGCGUUUUACAGAAAAUGCCUUGAGACCCGAAGACGUCGAUUCACUACAAAGACAGUGAUCACCGGUCUCGGUAUCGAUCCGCUUUGGCAGGUCAAAGAGAUUUCGGAUGCGGAGUGGAAGAUAGUGUCGUCAAGGGAUGGCACUGUUAAUGUGAGUGGAGAGGGUGUACCAUAGCCCAAUAUGUUGAAAAAGCUAAUUUUCCUAAGCAUCACAAAGAUGGGUGCUUUAGUAGGGUUGAAGUAGGGAACGAACAGUUCAUGGAGAACUCAGAAGGAUAUCGUCUCUGUAAAUCUGCUUCCAUCAGAAAGGUCAUGUAAUAGUACUUCACCGUAAACAAAUAAGACAUGUAUAUCAACACUGGUGAUUAUUUAUAAGAUAGCC